AAAAAACAGGGUUCGCUUUCUGUCCUUCUAGCUGUCUGUUUACACAGAUUUGAGCGUUUAAGGUUGAGAGCAGAAGUCGCUGCAGAGCUUUAAACACAUGUCACCGACCCAACAAAGCAGACCAGCGAUUCUUGCGGACUCGUCUAAUAAAAGAGAGAGAAACAAACAAACAAACAAAAAGUUAAUGUCAAAGUUUCUUUUGUGAAAAAUCUUACUCCCUCUGGACAAAGAAGUAAUGAAAAGUUUUCCAUAUAUAGCUAAUGUUUAAGUUUCAGAUGGCCUUUUUCAGGGUCUUGGAAAGAACACAAAAAACAAAUGGUCUUAUCUUUUUUGGGGGUCAAAAUUUAUGCACUAAAGAACAGGGCUUUAAUGUCAUAGUAACCUCUACUAACUUUUUUCCUUUUGUUUGGGGUCUCUGUCUUCCUCUUGCCUGCUUUGCUUUGCUUUCAAUCUAUCACAUUGUUGUUGGGUUUGGUUUAUUUGCUUGUUUUGAGAGUGUUCAUGGCUGAUGUUAUUGACCAUCAAGGUGCUACUUCAAGCGAGAACUCUAAGGAUUCUGGUGAUAGGCCAGAGAAGAACUCGGAAAAUGAGGUUGUUCAAGCAAGACAUAGAAGACAAGGGGCUAUAAUUUCUUCUUAUGCAUCAGCCUGUGAAUUGAGGGUCCUAAACAAGGAAAACGAGAAAAAAGAUGGAUCAUCUCCUAAAGGAGUUUUAGAAGCCUGCUUAGAAAGCUUGGAAUCCAACAUAAUUUCUCCUGUUGACAGCCCCAAGGCAGAAAUUCGUUGUACAAAUGGAGGAGCACUAGCUAACUGGAGAAAAUUCUUCAAAUUAUGGAAAAGAAGAUCACGGAAGCACUUAGCUGCCUUCACUCCUCUUGCUGUACCAAAGCUAUCAAAAAAGAACAGCAGAAGCACAAAAGAGAAUCAUGUGCUGAGAGAUUUGUAUAAUUUUAAGUCUUCUUUGGAGAACUUCAGCCUACCUGAGCUCCGAGCUGCAACAGACAACUUUAGCCAAGAGAACUUAAUUGGCAAAGGUGGUUAUGCUGAAGUCUACAAAGGUUGUUUGAAAGAUGGAAAGCUUUUGGCAAUAAAGCGGCUUAUUAAAGGGACACCAGAUGAGAGGACAGCUGGUUUCCUAUCUGAGCUUGGCAUUAUAGCCCAUGUAAACCAUCCAAACACUGCUAAGUUGAUUGGGUGUGGCAUUGACGGCGGAAUGCACCUUGUUUUUCAGUUAUCUCCAUUGGGAAGUUUGGGAUCAGUUCUGCAUGGUUCAAAAGGUGUGCUAGAUUGGAGUAAAAGAUAUAAGAUUGCUUUGGGUACAGCAGAUGGCCUCACAUAUCUUCAUGAGACUUGUGAAAGACGAAUUAUUCAUAGAGAUAUCAAGGCGGAUAAUAUUCUGCUUACAGAGAACUUUGAGCCCCAGAUUUGCGAUUUCGGCCUUGCCAAGUGGCUACCUAAACAAUGGACUCACCACAACGUAUCAAAAUUUGAAGGAACUUUCGGCUACUUUGCUCCGGAAUACUUCAUGCACGGAAUAGUUGAUGAGAAAACUGAUGUCUAUGCAUUUGGAGUUCUACUUUUGGAGCUCAUAACAGGACGAAGAGCUUUAGAUGAUCAACAACAAAGCGUCGUACUAUGGGCAAAGCCUCUACUUGAUGAGAAUGAUAUUAAAGAGCUUGUAGAUCCUUCCCUGGGUGAUGAUUAUGAUGCAGAGGAGGUGGAUCGCAUGGUUUUGGCUGCCUCUUUGUGCAUCGAGCAGUCUCCUAUUCUUCGUCCUCAAAUGAGUCAGGUUGUGAUAUUGCUGAGGGGUGAUGAAUGUGCAGCAGCUGACCGUGCUAAAGAACCCUACAAGCGGUCCAUCCAAAGAACAUACUCAAACGAACUCUUGGAUGCGCAAGAAUACAACUCAACGAAACAUCUAAACAAUAUCAAUCGACUAAGGGAGAUUGCUUUGGCCUCUUCCGGUGUCCGGUCAGCUAGUGCCUCCGUCGCCGCUUCCAUUUCUGGAGACUCCGUCGAACACAAUAAAGACCAGGUCCUCUGGGCUUCCUUUGACAGACUAGAGCUCAGUCUGUCAUCUUUUAAACAUGUUCUCUUACUUGGAUACUCCAAUGGUUUUCAAGUUCUUGAUGUCGAAGAUGCCUCUAAUGUCAGUGAACUUGUUUCAAGGCGUGAUGAUCCAGUUACAUUUUUACAAAUGCAGCCGCUCCCUGAAAAGUCUGAUGGCCGUGAAGGAUUUAGAGCAUCACAUCCUUUACUUCUGGUUGUUGCGUGUGAUGAGUCAAAGGGCUCAGGUUUGAUGCUUAGUGGAAGAGAUGGAUUGGCUAGAGAUGGUUUUGAUGAGCCUCAAAACGGAAAUGUCCUUAUCUCGCCUACUGCUGUUCGAUUCUAUUCCCUAAGGUCUCAUAAUUAUGUUCAUGUACUGAGAUUCCGGUCAACUGUAUAUAUGGUUAGAUGCAGUCCUCGAAUAGUUGCUGUGGGGCUUGCAACACAAAUAUACUGCCUCGAUGCUCUCACUCUUGAAAAUAAAUUUAGUGUCCUCACCUAUCCUGUCCCUCAGGCAGUAGGCCAAGGAAUGGGUGGGAUUAAUAUCGGAUAUGGUCCCAUGGCAGUGGGUCCCAGGUGGUUAGCUUAUGCUUCCAACAAUCCUUUGCAGUCAAAUACAGGUCGCCUGAGUCCACAGAACCUUACUCCUUCUCCUGGUGUUAGCCCAUCAACUUCACCCAGCAGUGGGAGUCUUGUGGCUCGAUAUGCGAUGGAAUCUAGUAAGCAGUUAGCUGCUGGGUUGAUUAAUCUGGGUGACAUGGGCUACAAAACUUUGUCGAAAUACUAUCAAGAUCUUAUUCCUGAUGGUACUGGUUCUCCUGGAUCUUCAAAUUCAGGCUGGAAAGUUGGUCGGGGUGGAUCACAUUCUGCAGAGACUGAUAUUGCUGGGACGGUUGUUGUCAAAGAUUUUGUUUCCAGAGCUGUUGUAUCACAGUUCAGGGCUCAUGCAAGUCCAAUUUCUGCCCUUUGUUUUGAUCCCAGUGGAACUCUUCUGGUUACAGCCUCAAUACAUGGGAACAAUAUAAAUAUUUUUCGGAUUAUGCCAUCCUCAGCAAAGAAUGGAUCUGGCACUCAAAAUUCUGAUUGGAGCUCUUCACAUGUACACCUUUACAAGCUCCAUCGUGGCAUGACAUCAGCCGUGAUACAAGAUAUCUGUUUUAGUGCUUACAGUCAGUGGAUUGCCAUUGUUUCAUCUCGGGGUACUUGCCAUAUUUUUGUUCUUUCCCCAUUUGGUGGUGAGAAUGUUCUCCAGAUUCAGAAUUCUCAUGUAGAUGGGGCUACCUUAUCACCAGCUGUAUCUCUCCCUUGGUGGUCCACUCUAUCUUUCAUGACAAACUAUCAAACCUUUUCUUCACCAGCACCACCAACUGUCACCCUCUCUGUUGUUAGCAGAAUAAAAAAUGGUAACUCCGGAUGGCUUAAUACUGUUACCAAUGCUGCAUCUUCUGCUGCUGGAAAGGCCUCCUUCCCGUCUGGUGCUUUUUCUGCUGUUUUCCAUAACUCUUUACCUAAUGUUUUACAACGAGCUCAAGUAAAAGCAAAUGAUUUGGAGAACCUAUUAGUUUACACUCCUUCUGGUCAUGUUGUUCAACAUAAGCUACUGCCUUCAUUUGGGGGAGAGGCAGGUGAAAGUGCUUCAAGAAUUGGGCCAGGUUCUGCUGUUCAGGUACAAGAAGAGGAGUUACGGGUGAAAGUUGAAGCUAUGCAAGCCUGGGAUGUAUGCCGAAGAACAGAUUGGCCAGAAAGAGAGGAAUGCCUUUCUGGAAUAACUCAUGGAAGAAAAGAAGCAUUAGAGAUGAUUGCGGAUGUUUCUGAUUUUGAAGAUAAUGAAGUUGGGCACAAGGACCUGUCAAAGCCCCAAGAUCAGUAUCACUUGUAUCUUUCCAAUGCAGAAGUGCAGCUAAGCUCUGGAAGGAUUGCAAUCUGGCAGAAUCCUAGGGUAUCUUUCUAUACAAUGAGUCCUUUGGGGUUAGAUGAGCGUAAUGGUGGAGAAAUGGAAAUAGAAAAGAUCCCUGCUCAUGAGGUGGAAAUUAGACAGAGGGAUUUAUUGCCUGUUUUUGAGCAUUUUCAGAGGAUUCAAUCUGAAUGGAAUGACAGGGACUUUGAUGGAGAAAAAUAUCCAAUGUCAUCUUCUCAUGAUGCCAAAGCAAGAUUCUCUGAAGUCACUGUUAUUUCUCACUCUAAGUUGAUGUCACCUAGCUGUGUUGAAAACUCAGAUAGUGGAUCAUCAAGGAAUUCUUCUCCAUCCAGCGUUCAAUCUGGGAAGGAUAGUAGUGGGGGUGUUUGUCACGUUGAAGAUAGGAACUCUACUAACAGUCUGUCAUCAUUGACAAGUGGCUCUUUAUCUGGUGGAAGAACUGUUGCAAAGGAGGUUCAAUUUCCAAACAGUGGAGGAACCAGUGAAGUUUCAAACACAAGUUCUAACCGAUCUGAUUUGAGUUUGAACAUGUUAGAUGAGGGACCAGUAAAUGACUCACCGGAUUUUGAGCAAUUUUUUCAAGAAGAGUACUGUAAAGCAUUGCCCUUAAGUGCAUGUCGUGAACCGACAGAGGUUGUUACUGAUGUUGACAGCAGCAGUGGUCCUUAUGACAGAGAAAAAUCUGAGGAAGAAGGUGACAAUGAUGAAAUGCUUGGGGGUGUUUUUGCCUUCUCUGAGGAGGGUUGAGUUGUAUCUGCUUGUGUUUCUUUCCUGAUGCGCUCUUGCCGCCUUCAUGUACGUUUGUAUUGUCAACUUCAGGUCCCUUUGGUCAAACGUCAGCCUUGUGGGGGGUUCACAUACUAAUUGAAGAUUUAUAAAGCUACUGACUGAUUGGUUCAAGAAAUAUAAUCACUGGCUUAUUGUGCCGCCAGGGCAAAUCUCUGGUUUCUUCCCUCCCAAUGUAAAUGUUGUAAAUUGAUAUUGAUAAUACAAAUGAUUUGUGGGGACAGGGUUCUUUCUGUGCUGUGUAACCAUAUUCAUUCUUCAAAGACAAAAAUAAUAAAAAAAGAAAAUGAAUUGUUGUAUA